AUGAGAAUUCUCGCAUUGCACGGCGUCGGCAGUUCUGCCAAGAUUCUUGAGAGCCAGCUCGUAGGGCUGAUGAAAUCAGUCGAUGCAAGCUACGAGUUUGUGUUGGUUGAUGGGCCGGUUCCCUCUCACCGAGGACCUGGUAUGAGCCCGGCUCUUCCGGGGCCAUUCUAUUCACACCUUACUGGGUAUUCUCCCCGAGAAAUUGAGGCUGCACAUCAACACAUUGCCACCACGGUCGACGAGCUUGGUCCAUUCGAUGGAAUAUUGGGCUUCAGCCAAGGGGCCUCUGUCGCUCUCUCUUACAUCUACCAUCAGCAAGUCAGUGGCGAGGAGCCUGACUUCAAGUUCGCCGUGCUCUUCUCCUCAGUAGUGCCAUUUUCGGCCGACGCAACAUAUUGCGAACCUGAGAUAGAGGAGCUCUGUGCAUAUCGCCGUACCGGAACAAGCGCCGUAGACCUCCCUCCACGGCAGCAAGUUUUCAACGACUGCCUCGUACGCACUUUCCAAUCGGCUCUUAAGAUUGGAGCAGUUCUGCCCGACUUCAAUCAAGAUUUCUUUCGGGAUGUGGGUGGUAUUGUUCCACGGGUCCUGCAUCCCAUGUUACUUUCAGAGCGCAUUCACAUCCCGACUGUCCAUGUGGCUGGCAGACGGGAUUUCCCAUUCAUGCACGACAUGCAUGAGGUAGGAUAUCAAAUGUGCGACCCAAGGCUAUCGAAAAAGCUUCAGCACUCGGGAGGACAUCAUCCCCCGAAGAAGGAUUCGGAGAUCAAGGCGGUUGUCAGGGCUAUGGAGUGGGCUGUGGAUCAGUAUUAUAGACAACCACCGUCAUUUCUAUGA